AUGGCAGCCAAAAACUCUUCUGUGACAGAGUUUAUCCUCGAAGGCUUAACCGACCAGCCAGGACUGCGGAUCCCCCUCUUCUUCCUGUUUCUGGGUUUCUACAUGGUCACCGUGGUGGGGAACCUGGGCUUGAUAACCCUGAUUGGGCUGAACUCUCACCUGCAAACUCUCAUGUACUUCUUCCUCUUUAACCUCUCUUUAAUAGAUAUCUGUUUCUGCACUACCAUCACUCCCAAAAUGAUGAUAAGUUUUCUCUCAAGGAAGAACAUCAUUUCCUUCACAGGGUGUAUGACUCAGCUCUUUUUCUUCUGCUUCUUUGUCAUCUCUGAGUCCUUCAUUCUGUCAGCGAUGGCAUAUGACCGCUACGUGGCCAUCUGUAACCCACUGUUGUACACGGUCACCAUGUCUCCCCAGGUGUGUUUGCUCCUUUUGUUGGGUGCCUAUGGGAUGGGGUUUGCUGGGGCCAUGGCCCACACAGGAAGCAUAAUGAACCUGACCUUCUGUGCUGACAACCUUGUCAAUCAUUUCAUGUGUGACAUCCUUCCUCUCCUUGAGCUCUCCUGCAACAGCUCUUACAUCAAUGAGCUGGUGGUCUUUAUUGUGGUGGCUGUUGACAUUGGAAUGCCCACUGUCACUGUCUUUAUUUCUUAUGCCCUCAUCCUCUCCAGCAUUCUACACAUCAGUUCUACAGAAGGCAGGUCCAAAGCCUUUAGUACUUGCAGUUCCCACAUAAUUGUAGUUUCUCUUUUCUUUGGUUCUGGUGCUUUCAUGUAUCUCAAACCUCCUUCCAUCCUGCACCUUGAGCAAGGGAAAGUGUCCUCCCUGUUCUAUACCAUAAUAGUCCCCAUGUUAAACCCAUUAAUCUAUAGCUUGAGGAACAAGGAUGUCAAAGUUGCCCUGAGGAGAACUUUGGGCAGAAAAAUCUUUUCUUAA